AGACGAGUUUCAAACUGUCUUAUGCUGAUCAGAUGGUCCUGUUUUAUGUUACUGAAAUUUGAGGCGCUUGCUACCGCUAAAUGUCUCCAUACGCUACAUAAAUUUGAAGUUUGGACGUACCGUGGUGUGAAACCGUGACUGUGUGUAAAAUCUAAAAUAGAUAUUGUGUUUUGCAUUUCAGGGCAGCGCCGUAUCUGGGCCAACGUUAUGGGAAAAUCAUACUGAGGUUUCAACUUCAAGCAUCACUGCGCGAUGCAUGUUUCACUCUCUUGCCUAAUGAAGCCCGUUCUCCAUGGAUAUUUCAGAAGCUCGUGUUCUUGGAGAGUUAGAAUUGCUUUAGCUCUUAAGGGCAUUGAAUACGACCAAGUCCCCGUUAAUCUAAUCAAGGAUGGAGGCCAACAGCUAACUAGCCAAUACAAGGAAAUAAACCCCAUGCAACAAGUGCCAGCGGUUACAAUUGAUGGCGUUACCCUGUCGCAAUCGCUGGCCAUUAUCCAGUAUAUUGAAGAGACCAGGCCAAGCCCUCAGCUGCUCCCCACCGAUCCCAAAAAGCGUGCGCAAGUGCGAAUGAUCUCUGACAUCAUUGCUUCUGGGAUCCAACCCCUGCAAAAUCUCUAUGUGCUGCAGAAGAUCGGAGCAGAGAAAGUGCAGUGGGCCCAGCAUUUCAUAGUCCGAGGUUUUGAAGCUCUGGAGCCUCUCCUGAAACAAACAGCUGGAAGGUACUGCGUGGGGGAUGAGAUCUCAAUGGCAGACAUCUGUCUGGUACCCCAGGUCUACAAUGCUGAGAGGUUCAAAGUUGAUGUCAGUCAGUUCCCCACUAUAAAGAGGUUGAAUCAGACCUUACUGGAGAUUGACGCAUUCAAAGAGAGUCAUCCCUCUUGCCAACCAGAUACACCCUCUGACCUGAAGUCAUAGGAUCACGCCGGAGACAUGUGACCAUAGGAGUGAUACUCUAACAUGAAUUGACAAAUAAAACUGCUUUGAUGUGAA